ACUAUAAAGGGCAGCUCCUCUCCUCUCCCAGCGACCCACAAGAAGCCGUUAUUCCUCCCGAUCUCCAGAGAGCAGGAGACGCUUCUGGGAGCAAGGAGGAUGGUGGCGGCAGCCAGACUCGCCCUUCUGCUGCUGGGCUGUGUGGGGCUCCUGCAGCCGACUGGUGCCAGGUACAUAGAUUACUGCCCCAAGGGCUGGUCUUACUACAAGCUCAGCUGCUUCAGGUACUUCCGUCAGCUCCGGAGCUGGGAUGAGGCUGAGAGGCAGUGCCAGGCCAGCCACACCAGUGCCCACCUGGCCUGGGUGGAAGAGCCCCGGGAGGCGGCCACGCUGCGGAAAGUCAUUUCCUACUACCAGCGCAUACAGCCUGUCUGGAUUGGCCUCCGCUACGCACAUGAGGGCCAGGCCUGGCAGUGGGCGAGUGGGGACAAGUACAGCAGCACCAGUGGGCUGGCUGGGAACGGUGCCCGUGGGGGGAACUGUGGCAUCCUGACCCACCUCAGUGGCUUCACCGUGUGGUCCAGCACCGACUGCGCCCAGCAGCAUCACUACAUCUGCAAGUUCACCCCCUUGCGCUGAGCGCAGCCCCUGGGCCCAUGGGGGACCCUGUGCCUGCGAUGCUUGUCCCUUGC